GAGGGCAGGGUCAGCUGCAGCUCCACACCUGGACAAAGGUGUUGUGAAAUCCUUGGGACAGGGGCUGCCCCAGCCCAGGAGCUGAGGGGAAGAACUCGUCGGACCGCUUGUCAUCCGUGCCGCGUGUCCCAGCACCCUCGCCACUCCUUCUGCACCUUAUGGCAGGGCCAGCCUAUAAGUGUCCCCCUACAAGUGCAGGAGAGGCCGAAGGAGCCGGCCAGACGUGCAGGACAGGGACAGCAGCCACCUGGCACAGGUGUGUGGUGCCAGCAGGGCUGUGCCAGGCUGUGACUGCUCCUCUCGGGGGAACCUCUCCUCGGCUCUGCAGGGUAUAUGCAUCAGCACACAGCAGUGCUCAGCCUGCCCAGGAAGCCAUGGACCCCACCAGCCUCCCCCCAGCCUCUGUGACCCCCUCGUGGGAUGUGUUCCCCCAGCAGGGGCUGGAGCCCGUGGACAUCGCUGUGCUCGUGCUCUAUUUCCUCUUCGUCCUCGCCGUGGGGCUCUGGUCCAUGUGGAAGACGCAGCGCAGCACGGUCAAAGGCUAUUUCCUCGCCGGGGGACAGAUGGUCUGGUGGCCUGUGGGCGCCUCCCUGUUUGCCAGCAACGUGGGCAGCGGGCACUUCAUCGGCCUGGCGGGCUCGGGAGCUGCCUCGGGAAUCGCUGCCACAGCCUACGAGUGGAAUGGGAUGUUCUGUGUCCUGGUGCUGGCCUGGCUCUUCCUGCCCAUCUACAUCGCCUCGGGGGUUACAACCAUGCCCGAGUAUUUGCAGAGACGUUUCGGAGGCAAAAGAAUUCAGAUAUUCCUGGCCAUUCUCUACUUGUUCAUCUACAUCUUCACCAAAAUAUCUGUGGACAUGUACGCCGGGGCUCUGUUCAUCCAGCAGGCUCUGCACUGGGACCUGUACAUCGCCGUGGCCGGGCUGCUGGCCAUCACUGCCGUGUACACCGUGGCUGGUGGCCUGGCAGCUGUGAUCUACACUGAUGCCCUGCAGACUCUCAUCAUGCUCAUCGGGGCCCUGUCCCUCAUGGUCUUCAGUUUUAUUGAAGUUGGUGGCCUUGAAGGUUUACAGGCAAAAUACUUUGAUGCCAUUCCCAGCAUCCGCAAGGAGAACAGCAGCUGUGGCCUGCCCAGGGAAGAUGCUUUCCACAUUUUCCGAGACCCUGUGAGCUCUGACCUGCCCUGGCCAGGAGUCCUGGUGGGAAUGACCAUCCCAUCCCUGUGGUACUGGUGCACAGAUCAGGUCAUUGUUCAGAGGUCCCUCGCUGCCAAAAACCUCUCCCACGCCAAAGGAGGCUCCUUGAUGACCUCCUACUUGAAGAUUUUGCCCCUCUUUAUGAUGGUAAUGCCAGGCAUGAUCAGCCGGGUUCUCUUCCCAGAUCUGGUGGCUUGUGCAGAGCCAGAAAUCUGCAAAAAGAUCUGUGGCAACCCCUCUGGCUGCUCUGAUAUUGCUUAUCCCAAGCUGGUGCUGGAGCUCCUGCCUGUAGGGCUCAGGGGCCUGAUGAUGUCAGUGAUGAUCGCAGCCCUCAUGUCCUCCCUGACCUCCAUCUUCAACAGCUCCAGCACCAUCUUCACCAUGGACCUCUGGAAACACCUCCGCCCUCGCUGCUCCGAGUGGGAGCUGAUGAUCGUGGGCAGGGUGUUUGUGCUGCUGCUCACCGUGGUGUCCAUCCUGUGGAUCCCCCUGGUGCAGGCUGGCCAGGGCGGGCAGCUCUUCAUCUACAUCCAGUCCAUCAGCUCCUACCUGCAGCCGCCCGUGGCCGUGGUGUUCAUCCUGGGCUGCUUCUGGAGGAGAGCCAACGAGAAGGUGCCGACCCUGCUGAGCGCAGAGCAGCCCUGCAGCCCGGCCCGAGAGCAGCUGCAGCACACAGCUCGUUCCCUUCCUUGGCAGGGAGCCUUCUGGGGGCUGCUGCUGGGGCUGCUGCUGGGCGCGGUGCGGCUGCUGCUGGACUUCAUCUACCCCGAGCCCCGGUGCGGUGAGCCCGACGCCCGGCCCGCUGUGCUCAAGUACAUGCACUACCUCUACUUCUCCAUGGUGCUGGGGGCCGUCACCGCCCUCACCGUGCUCGUGGUCAGCGUGGCCACCGAGCCCCCGGCCCCCCAAAUGAUCAGCCGGCUCACCUGGUUCACCCGUGGGGACCCUGUGCCCAAGCAGGAGCUGGCAGCAAUCCCCAGCCCCAGCCCUGAGCCUGCUGCCAAGGACACAGCCACGCUGCAGCUGGAGCUGAGCCCCGCUGCUGAGAACCCUGCUGAUGGUGCCAAAGGUGCAGCUGAGGCCAAGGGGAGCUCCAAGCUGCUGAGCACCUUCCUGUGGCUCUGUGGGAUGGAGCGCAGGCAGGAGGCUGCUGAGAACAUGCCCAAACCUGAGCCCCUGCCCGUGGCCUCCCUGGAGGAGAAACCCCUGGUGAAACACAUCCUGAACAUCAACCUGCUCCUGUGUGUGUGUGCUGGGGUCUUCCUCUGGGCUUACUUUGCAUAGCCAGGGGACUGCCAGCCCACACAACAUCAACUAAUCCUAAUUGGUGUAAAUAUUAAUGAUUAGCAGAGGGUUAACAUAAUUCUUAAUGCUUUCUAAAUUUUAUUUCUUUAUUUAAGACAUUUUAAAAACAUAAUAUUUUCCUUGUUUCUAAUGGGGGCCUGGCUGAGCACUUGGCACUAUCAGACCCCACCUGGCACCAACCAGCUGAGGAAGGUUGGUUUGGUUAUUUUAAAUAUUUAAUUUUGCUCUUUGGCCUUAGAGCACUGCCUGGAAUUCAGGAAGCCAGGAUUCUCUUCCUAUUUAUGCUUCUGUAACCAGCUUGGGUCCCCUUUGGUUCAGCUCCUCUGGCUUUGAGGGACAGGAGCGACACCUCAGCGCCUGGAGCAGAGCCCAGGGCUGUGUCUGGGCUCUGCUGUGCCCCUUCAGCUCCUUCCCCUGUGCAGUGAGUGCUGAUGGGCCUGCCUGGGAGCUCUGGCUGAGUUACCAUCACUGACACUCCAAUGGCAACACCAACACCAGCAGCCAGCGUGGAAACUGCCCCAAAACUGCAGCUGGGGGCACCUGAAGGACCUAAACCAGCCCAACCCACCAGGAGUGCCAGGACAGAGGUGCCCAGGGCAGCUCCUCAUGGCCUGGGCACCCACAGCUGUUCUGGGACCACCACUGGCCCUGGGGCCUCGUGCAGCUGCAGAGAAACAUUAAAGAGUGAGAGCUGGUCCCUGCCUGCCUGGAGUCUGUGGGGAUGGGGGGCUGCCAACACCUCUGGGCCCAUGUUCAGGAGGCUCCUCCUGCAGCCCCUCACCUGCCCUCGCUCCCUGCAGAGCCUGCUCCCCCUCCCCAGGCUGCUGGGGCUCCCAGGAUCCAUUAAAUACUGCAGGGUCCCAGCACACCUCAGCCCCACAGCUGACAGAGCUGGGUGUGCAGGCAGUGACAGCAGAACACCUGGAAACCUGCAGCAGAACCAGAAAAUAUUCUUGUUAAACCACAUAAAGGGAACUGGAACUUGGGGCUCCCUCCUGAGCAUGUGAAACACUGCUGGAAACCCUGGGGGAGAGAGGCACUGCACAGUUUGGGGGGAUAAACAUCAAAAUCAGUCACAGGACUGGAGUCUGUGGCUCAUCAAACUGAAUUUAGAGUUACAAAGAUUUGUUACAGGGCUGGUGUGACAGAGGAAGGUCCCACAGUGCUCUCACUGAAGUCCUCAAGGAAAAACCAAGCUACACAGUCCAGGGGAUCACUGCGACCU